GGGGGGAGAGAGAGAAGAGGAGGAGGCAAAAAGCCGGCGAAACACGCAAAGGAAGACGGGAAAAGGUUUUACAUCCGGGAACCUUGGGCGACAGGCCCUCCGACAAAAUGGCGGCCCGGAACUGAACCCCGGAAAAAAGGGGGUGGGUGGGAGAUAUUGCAGGGGGGAGGGGACGAGCAACUGCUGCCAUCAGCACCGGGGACCGAAGCCUUGCAGGCCGCUGCAGAGACGCGCCGCUCCCGCCCCUCUGGGAAUCUCGCCUUGAGGCGCUGCCGUCUCCUCCUUCUCCCUCUUCCUCAGGCAGGUGGGUAGGAAGGCUUGGCUGCAGUUCCGCCUCAGGGAAGGAAACUCGGUGGCUAGUUAAUGGGGAAGGCCCUGCGCACCACACGCCUUGGCCUGGGGCGUUAUAACGGGUCCUUCGCUGCCACGGCAAGAACGUCGCUGCCUCCCUUGCGUAGUGAGCGUCUCACCUUCUUUCUCCCCCCCGCAUUCCUCCGUCUCCGUACAGCUUCUCUCAGGCAGGGUUCUGGCCUUUUUGGUGUCGUGGGCGUUCCUUAUUAGACCAUCCGUCCCAUUCAACCUUAGACACCGCUUGCAGCCACCUUAUUUAUUUCCUGCUCUCCUCCAUCCGUUCCCCACUUUUUUCUGCAGUGCUGACGAGAAGUUGGCUGACCUAGGUUUGAAUGAAUGAUUAUCCUCCUGGAAUCAAGGUCAACCGUGAAUAUUGAAGUUGCCAUCCAACUUGUUGAGUAUAUUGAAGGUGAAUCUUCGUUAGAGGUUAUACAGUUUCAUGAAGAGAAGUGAGAAGCCAGAAGGAUAUAGACAAAUGAGGCCUAAAACUUUUCCUGCCAGUAAUUACACUGGUAGCAGCCGGCAAAUGUUGCUAGAAAUACGAGAAAGCCUUAGAAAUUUGCCUAAGCCUUCUGAAGCUGCAAAAGUUGAGCAAAAUGUGAGUAAAAUAUCAGCUGAUGAUCCCAGACAGGGUCGAAAUCCCCCUAAAUUUGUGACCUACCAUAAAGCAUUACAAGAAAUUCGAAAUUCUCUGCUUCCCUUUGCAAAUGAAACAAGUUCUUCAACAAGAGGAACAUCUGAAGUUAAUCGACAGAUGUUGCAAGAUCUACAAGCUGCUGGAUUUGAUGAGGAUAUGGUUGUACAAGCUCUAAGACAAACCAACAGCCGCAGUAUAGAAGCAGCAAUUGAAUUCAUAAGUAAAAUGAGCUACCAAGAUUCUCGGCGAGAACAAAUGGCAGCGGCAGCAGCUAGACCUAUUAACGCUGGCACAAAACCACCAGGGGGAGUGCAGCAGUCAGUCAACCGCAGGCAGAGCUGGAAAGGUUCUAAAGAAUCCUUGGUGCCUCAGAGACAUGGUCCUGCAUUGGUAGAUGGCCUGGCAUUUCAUUCCGAGAAUCCCAUUUCUCAGCCUGAUGGAGGAAGACCCUUGUCUGGCUCUGGAAUAACAGGGUUUGCUCAGGCUCAUCCUUGUAAUGGACAAAGAGCAAAUCCACCACCUCCACCUCAAGUAAGGAGUGUAACCCCUCCUCCUCCACCUCCCAGGGGAACAACUCCACCUCCCAGAGGAACAACUCCACCUCCUUCUUCCUGGGAAACAAAUUCUCAGACAAAACGGUAUUCUGGUAGCAUGGAAUAUAUGAUCUCUCGCAUUUCCCCAGUGCCACCAGGGGCAUGGCAAGAUGGCUAUCCUCCGCAACCUAUAAAUCCAUCAUCCAUGAAUCCUCCCACACAGGGACAAAGAAGUAUUAGUUCUGUUCCUGUUGGCAGGCAACCAAUAAUCAUGCAAAGUUCAGUUAACAAUAAAUUUAGUUUUUCAUCUGGAAGGGCUGGAAUACAAAAUGGCAAUUGUCAGACUGAUUAUAUUGUUCAUCAAAAUAUUGUGCCUGGUAACUCAGCAAAUCGUCAACCACCACCGCCUUACCCCAUGGCUCCGACAAGCCAGCAAAGCCCCACACCUUUGCAAAUGCAAGCAGGAGGCUCUGCAGCCCCAUCAUAUCCUAAUGGGAACAUUCCUCAGUCUAUGAUGGUGCCAAACAGAAACAGCCACAAUAUGGAGCUGUACAAUAUAAAUGUUCCUGGAAUCCCAACAUCCUGGCCCCAAUCAUGUUCUGGGCAUGAAAUUCCAACUUGGCAACCCAAUAUUCCAGUAAGGUCAAAUUCUUUCAAUAACCCUCUUGGAAACAGGCAAAAUCAUGCUACCAAUUCACAGACUUCUGCCACCACAGUAACUGCUGUUACUCCAGCUCCUAUACAGCAGCCAGUAAAAAGUAUGCGUGUACUGAAACCAGAGCUGCAAACUGCCUUAGCUCCUACUCACCCUUCUUGGAUGUCACAACCAAUGCAGGCUGUCCAACCCAUCUCCUUUUCUGAGGGACCAUGUACAAAUAUGGCAGUCAUAUCACCUGCGCCAGAGGCUCCAACAUAUCAAGGUCCACCACCACCUUAUCCAAAACAUUUAUUACACCCAAAUCCACCUGUCACUCCUUACGAGUCUGUUGCAAAGCCUGGCAAAGAGGAUCAGCCCAGUUUCCCAAAGGAAGAAGAAAGUGAAAAGAAUGAGAACAGUGAGGGAAUGGAUAGAGAAAAGAAGCAAAUAACAACUUCACCAGUGCCUGUUAGGAAAAACAAGAGAGAUGAAGAAAGAAGGGAGUCCCGCAUUCAGAGCUAUUCUCCUCAGGCUUUUAAGUUCUUUAUGGAGCAGCAUGUCGAAAACAUACUGAAAUCUCAUCAGCAGCGACUCCAUCGUAAGAAACAACUGGAAAAUGAAAUGAUGCGGGUUGGGUUAUCCCAAGAAGCCCAGGAUCAAAUGAGGAAAAUGUUAUGCCAAAAGGAAUCUAACUACAUCCGUCUGAAACGGGCAAAAAUGGAUAAAUCAAUGUUUGUUAAGAUUAAGACCCUUGGAAUUGGGGCAUUUGGAGAGGUGUGCUUAGCAAGAAAGGUGGAUACAAAUGCCUUAUAUGCAACAAAAACUCUACGUAAAAAGGAUGUGUUACUUCGGAAUCAGGUUGCUCAUGUUAAAGCUGAACGGGAUAUCCUUGCAGAAGCUGAUAAUGAGUGGGUAGUUCGUUUGUACUAUUCAUUCCAAGAUAAAGACAAUUUAUACUUCGUAAUGGACUAUAUUCCAGGAGGAGAUAUGAUGAGUCUGUUAAUUCGAAUGGGGGUCUUCCCAGAAAAUAUGGCCCGGUUCUACAUAGCAGAACUGAUCUGCGCAGUUGAAAGUGUCCAUAAGAUGGGAUUCAUUCAUAGGGACAUAAAACCAGAUAAUAUUCUGAUUGAUCGUGAUGGCCACAUCAAAUUGACUGACUUUGGGCUUUGUACUGGCUUUCGGUGGACACAUGAUUCCAAAUACUACCAGAGUGGUGACCACCCACGUCAGGACAGCAUGGAUUUCAGUAAUGAAUGGGGAGAUCCGGCAAGCUGUAGAUGUGGAGACAGGUUGAAGCCACUCGAACGUAGAGCAGCACGUCAGCACCAGCGCUGUCUGGCACACUCAUUAGUUGGGACACCAAAUUAUAUUGCACCUGAAGUAUUGCUGCGGACAGGAUAUACGCAGCUGUGUGACUGGUGGAGUGUUGGGGUGAUUCUCUUUGAAAUGUUAGUUGGACAACCUCCCUUCCUGGCACAAACACCAUUGGAAACACAGAUGAAGGUUAUCAAUUGGAAAACAUCACUGCACAUCCCACUGCAAGCAAAACUAACGCCAGAGGCAUCUGACCUUAUUAUUAAGCUCUGCCGUGGGCCAGAAGACCGCCUAGGCAAGAAUGGUGCAGAUGAAAUAAAAGCACAUCCAUUUUUUAAAUCUAUUGAUUUUUCAAGUGAUCUGCGGCAACAACCUGCUUCAUACAUCCCUAAAAUUACGCAUCCCACAGACACAUCAAAUUUUGAUCCAAUUGACCCAGAUAAAUUAUGGAGUGAGGAUAAGGAAGGGAAUGUAAAUGACACACUUAAUGGGUGGUAUAAAAAUGGCAAACAUCCUGAACAUGCUUUUUAUGAAUUUACAUUUCGAAGGUUUUUUGAUGACAAUGGUUACCCUUACAGCUAUCCCAAGCCUAUUGAAUAUGAAUACAGUAAUUGUCAUAGAUUGGAGUCAGAAUCAGAUGAAGAUGAGGAGAGGACCAGAAGAGAGGCCCAAAAUCAUGAUCUAGUUUAUAUUUAGUGGAGGACUUAAACCAUUCUUUGGGAUUUCCAAGAUGUAUGCUACAAGAGAACCUGAAAUACUGUUGGAAAGCUGGUUUUCUGCACACUUGGGUUGGAGAAAAAGGAUGCAUGAUCAUUGUUGAUCUAGUGGUUUUUCCUGUCUUUCUUUUCUCCCUAUCAACACAGAAGUCCUUUUUCAAGCAUUCAUUUUUUUUCCAGCAUUGUUAAAGAGGAAAAUAGAAAACAGUAAUGUUAGGAAAAAUAAAUAGUUACACCUUUGUAAAGUAUUGAGAUUAGGAAAUUGUAAUUUCUUUAGGAAAUUAGAUACUUCUUUGUUUGUAUAUAGACCACAUACAUUAAUUUUCCUCCCAUAAUUUUUUGUUUUUUUAAUUGCCUUAGCUUGACCAAAUAUCAUUAAUACCAUGUACUUACUAAACUGAUAGUUGUUUUUCCUGACUAUUUAUCAAAUUCUCACUCUAGAUGAGACUGCAGAGAGUAAACUACAGUAGUAGGGAUUUUUUGGCACUCUGUCAGGGUUGUGGAUUUGGAACAAAGAAGCGUAAAAUUAUAAUCCAAAACCCAUUUAGAAGUAAACUGUUGAGAAUGUAGUGGGACUGACUUCUGAGUAAACAUGCAUAGGAAUGUUCAUGUUUCUUCUGACAAUAAAUAAUGAAGUCCACAUAUUAGUAAUUAUUUUAAUUUUGCUUGAUUGUUUUGUGAAGCAUUACUGGCUUUGUGGUGCCAAAACAUAAAAUUGAGGCCGGGGGAGGGGGGGCGUGUGUGUAGAGUGAUACUGGCCUAUCACAAAAUGUCUUUGCUGGUUGCUCUCAUCCUGCGUAAAAAAGACUGGAAACACUUGAGUUCCUGUGAUACAUACUUACUAUGAAUUCUUAUACUAUCCCUGUAAGAAACACCAUAACCAGAUUCCCUGCAGUUCCAUUAUUACUGUCCUCAUGCUGUAUCAUUUCAAACCAAAGGGCUUGUUUUGAAACAGGUGGUUCAGUUCCUUACUCCCAGAUUCAUUAACUAAUUUGAACUAAACUAGUAAUCCUUCUUACUGGGGAUUAGGUAUAAUUUUAUCUCUCCAGUAGACUGUUUCUGGGAAACCUUUGCAGUUGCAGCCUCUUGUUUCAUCAUUCCAAGAAUAACAUGCUAAAUCCUGGUUUCCCUAGUACAUGUUGGCAUGAAGAUAUUUCUUGCUUCCUGCAUAGAGGGCACAUGCUGCUUUUGCAGGUAACUGUUGUACCCGCAAAAUCUGUUUGUACCUCAGUGAUUGCAGAAGGUAAAUAGUUCUUCAUCCCAGACCCAGCUUCUUUAAACUAAAGGAAAAACGUCAGAUCAUACAAUUUUGCUUGCUUGAUUUUUUAGAAGGCAGUUCCCCCCCUGCACAGAUUAUUCUAAACGUCCUGCUCUCUAACACAGAGAUGCACAAAUAGUUACCUUUUCAAACCCAUAUGCUAGCUUUUUCACCCUUGAAGAAUUAGCAAAGGCAUCCCCAAACUUCGGCCCUCCAGAUGUUUUGGACUACAAUUCCUAUCUUCCCCAACCACUGGUCCUGUUAGCUAGGGAUCAUGGGAGUUGUAGGCCAAAACAUCUGGAGUGCCGCAGUUUGGGGAUGCCUGAAUUAGCAGAUUCAACAUCCUGAAGUUCCUAUCAUACAACUACUUAAGAAUAUGUAUAUAUAUCUCUGGUUGUGAAAAAUAAUGUAAUGUGCUCUGAAGAAUCUCCUUCCCUGAGUAGUGCUUAUUCUUUUGCAAUGAGUUAAUUUAUUAUUUAUUAUGAUUCCUUGCUUUUCCUCUGAUAAUUACAUAAAUGGCUCAUAAGAAUCUUCUAGAUAAUCUUGUGCCCAUAUAGUUUAACAUGGUCAGGGCUGCUUACUUUCAGCAUUAGAAUCAGAUCUUGUGCCUUUAGACCAUUCUCUGGCCUGCUUAGGCAUGUUUAAUAUUUCUCUAUUAAAAACAGUACUAUUCAUGGAGUAUAGGCUAGUGCAAAAUGCAUAUAAAUAGAUACCUGUCUUCAAGAAAAAACAAUUGCUCCAGCACCUUUAUAAUUUAACAUUCUGGUUUAGAAUUUACCUUGUGUAUGUCCUACAUAUGAUGGGUAUAAAAAAAACAGUUCACGAACGCUCCCUUAGCAGGUAUAUAGCUUUUAGUCUUAACUAGGGAAUCUUGUGAAAAGUUCUGUGGGUGGUCAGAUAGUCUUGUCUUGCUCCCCUACACUACGAAACAUAAGUUCUGUGUUUGCAGCUGAAGUGUGAAUCAGACCUUGGAAUGUCUUAACUUUAGCAUUAUAUAGGGUGCAGUGUACAGUUAUUCUAACUUUUGAGAUGUGUUUGUAAAAAUAAAAAAGUCCUAUUUUAAAGAGGAUUUUGAAGGUUGUCCCUUGUUUAUUAUUGAUAGGAGUUCCAGUUAAACUGGCAAGUUGUUUUUGUUUUUUGUCCUGCAAUAAAAUAUAAUAUAUUCCUGGCUAAAGCCAGAUAAAUUUAAACUGCUAUCUGCAGUUAAGUGCAUAUGUGAACUUGCUUUCUCAGUUUCAAAACAGAAUGUUCAUCAUCUAAACUCACAGAGAAAACAGAGAGAUAUUAUGUGUCCCGAGUUCUCAAGUCCAGGAGAUGGCCUGUUUUGGAAGAGGUUACCCUGACCUAGGAGCAGCGGGUCCAUAGCUUAGGGGUUCUGGAUUCAACUGAAGUUUCAUUUAUCCUUGGUGGCUAUGAGUGCCUUUUCCAGCUAUGCACCAUUUUGAAAAUAAAUGAUUUGGCCACUGUAUUCCAGACCCUGGUAACUUCCCGAUUGGAUCAUUGUAAUGCACUCUCCAUUGGUCUGCCCUUAAAGAUUACUUAGAAAGCUCAAUUGAUCAGGAUUACUGGCUGGGAUUUCAUUUUCAAUCAUAUAAUCCAUUUUCUUAAACAGCUGCAUUGGUUGUCUGGGCUCAGUUGAAGGUGUUCAUGUUAGUGUUUAAAGUAAACGGUGCUUCCAUCAAGGUGUUCCGUUGCACCAGAAGUGGUUUAGUCCUGCUGGCCACAUGACCCAGAAAGCUGUCUGUGGACAAACGCUUGCUCCCUCGGCCGGAAAGCAAGAUGAGUACCGCAUCCCAUAGUCAUCUUUCACUGGACUUAACCAUCCAGGGGUCCUUUACUGUUUACCUUUAAAGCCUUAAACUACUUAGACCUCGUAUACCUGAAGGACCACCUCCUUCCCUGCAGACCAUCUCAGGUGUUAAGAUCAGCAGAAGAGGCCUCUCUUCAUAGUUCUGUUGCCCAAAGAACUUUAGGCGAGGCUUAGAAAGGGCAUUCUUGGUGGCAGCCCCUAAACUGGAACUCCCACCCCACAGAGGUGUGUCUGGGACCCUCACUACAAAUUUUUCAGAGAAUGCUGAUGAUACACCUCUUUAUCUUGGCCUUUGGCACUUGAGAUGUAUAUUUGUAGAACGUACCCUACUUUUGUGAUUAAAAAGUUUACAACAAACUACAAAGUUGUAUUCUAAAUUGUUGUGACCCACCCUGAGACCUGAGGUUGAAGGGCGAGUGAUAAAUAAAAAUUAACCAUAAUAACAAUCCAAAUUUUAAGAACACAUCAAAGGUUUUAGGUGCACAAAUAAGGCCUGUUAAUUUUAACUGGACUCUGACCAAACAAAUUUUCUAGAUUUUGCCCAUUACUGUUUUCAGCUAAGGAGUGAUGAUGUAACAUUCACAAAUGUAGACCCCAAAUUAUUUUAAUUAAGCGUGUUAAUAUUUACAUGCAGAGAAAUUAUGAAUGUGAUGUGUGACUCUGCAUUUUAGAACAUUUUAGAAAUAAUAUUCUGCCUCAUUUGUUCCCUACUUUCCAUCCAAAAGAUUCCAACAAAUGCUACUUUUUCUUGGGGAAGGAGAGUGCUAAAUUAGGAUAACUGGUGUUUGUGAGAGUCCUCAUAUAAACAGAAUGUCAUGCUUUCCCAAUCUUUGUGACUUAUAGUCUUGGUGGACCUAUUCUUUAUCAGUAGUCAGACUGGAUUUAUUGUAGCAUCAGUUUUUAUUAGCAAUGUACUUCAUCAGUUUGUAUGUCUUUAUUGCCAAGUUGUGCCCUUGGAAAAACAAAAGAUAUGCUUAUAAGCAAUUGUGAUGUUAUAGUUGCCUUGUGUCCAUAUGUAGAUUUUCUCAAACUUUUUUCAAAGUAGUCUCUGGUGUGAAUUUCGAAUAUUUUAUAGACUGCACAAUUUACAAUUUUCUUCGUGGAAGAAAUUCUAUUUUUUUAGUUUUGUAGUAUUUUCAACAAAAGUUUGUGACGUGACCGAACAAAAGAUAGAGAAAACAGAAACUUGUUCCACACUUGGUUUCUAAAUAAACUUUUCAGUUAAAACAUUAAAAAUGUCAUUGCUUUGCUUUUCCACAUACACAUAUGACCUGUAUUUAUAUAAAAUGUUCUAUAAUCAUGUAAUUGUAUUGUAAAUACGGUUGUACUAUUUGCUUACAUUCCUUCCUUGGGCGGGCCCUCUUGCUGAUUCUUUUCUACCUUGUUCGUAACCAACCCUACAGAAUGUUUGACUAAAACUUUUCUUUCUUUUUUGGAGACUUAAAAAAAAUCUGUUGUUGCAGUAUGCAAAGCUGUGAUGGAGAACCAGUUUUUUUUAAUUUUGUUGAUAUUGUACAUCUGCUAGAGAGUGCAGUGAGAGUGGGUUCAUAGAUGCUGCUGCUGUUACCCAAAGUACCUGUUAAUUUUUGGCUGCAGAUCUCUGGUAUUUUAAACAAGACAUUAGUAUUUGCUGUAAUGCAGCCAAAGCAAAGCAAAGGUAUAUUUGGGUAAACAUCUGAUAGUAAAACUUUAAAAUGCCUUAAUAUACCCUCCAGUGAAAGGCACUAUUCAAGUUUACUUUUAUAUUGCAUUUUGUAUAUAUGCUUUUUGUAUUGUAAACACUCCUGGUAAACAUUAUACCAUACUUUUAUUAAGAAAAUUCUGUAGUGUGAGAGAAGUGCCUUGACGGACAGUGUAACAAUCAUCUUUGCAUAUUUCUGCAUGUAAUAACUAUUCGGUAAUCCAUUAAAUUCCUUGAGUGUC